GCACUUGUAAGAAAGACAAGGAAGAAAAGGAAAGGCGCACAAAGGAAGGAGACUAGAAGUAAAAAAGAAGCCCACCUCUCUCUCCUCUCAACAGAAACACCACUACUUAAUUCUUACUCAUCUUCUUCAUCAUUACCCACUAUCCCACACCAUUAUAACACUACAUAUACAUACAUAACAUACUUUUGGUUUCUUUUCUUCUGACCCAUUUCUAAAUUUCCAGUUUCCUUGUUGUUCUCCAUUUCUUAACUAAGUUUAAGACUUUCUCUUUCCUUUGUGUGUGUAUAUAUUGGUUUGGUGGGUAAGAAUGGGCAACUGCUCUUGUGGCUUCAGCCCAUCAAUUUACAGAAUUUCUGCAAAUGCAAAGUCUGAGUCUCCUGAAGAUUGUUGCACUUCAACACCAAAGGAGAGCAAUGAAGAAAGAAAGCUUCCCACGAAUCCGGAAGAAGUCGAAUACCUACGACGCAGUUCAGGGACAAAUCCGUUAAUUGUGUUUACAUACGACGAAUUGAAGACAGUCACCUCAAACUUUAGACAGGAUAAUAUGUUAGGUGGAGGAGGAUUUGGAAGUGUUUACAAAGGGUUUAUUACUGAUGAUAAAAAUGAGGAACUUGAGCCAAUUCCGGUUGCUGUUAAGGUCCAUGAUGGUGACAAUAGUUAUCAAGGGCACAGGGAAUGGCUGGCUGAAGUCAUAUUUUUGGGUCAACUUUCACAUCCAAAUUUGGUUAAAUUGAUUGGUUACUGCUGUGAGGAUGAGUAUCGUGUUCUAGUAUAUGAGUACAUGGCUCGAGGUAGCGUGGAGAACAAUCUAUUUUCAAGAGUUUUGCUUCCACUUCCCUGGUCUAUCCGUAUGAAGAUAGCAUAUGGUGCUGCAAAAGGCCUUGCAUUCCUUCAUGAAGCUGAAAAACCUGUCAUCUACCGUGAUUUUAAGACAUCUAAUAUUCUGCUGGACAAGGACUACAAUGCAAAGCUUUCUGACUUUGGACUUGCAAAGGAUGGGCCAGUAGGCGAUAAAUCUCACGUUUCUACUCGAAUAAUGGGAACAUAUGGAUAUGCAGCACCGGAAUAUAUCAUGACAGGUCAUCUGACUCCCAGAAGUGAUGUUUACAGCUACGGUGUUGUUCUUCUCGAGCUCCUAACAGGAAGAAAAUCUUUGGAAAAAUCCCGACCGCCUCGUGAGCAAAAUCUUACUGAUUGGGCGCUCCCUAUGCUCAAAGAGAAGAAGAAGUUGCUUAACCUCGUUGAUCCUAGGUUAGAAGGGGAUUAUCCAGUUAAAGCAUUUCAGAAGGGAGCUAUGCUAGCUUACCAUUGCUUAAACCGCAAUCCUAAAGCAAGGCCACUAAUGCGAGAUAUUGUUGAUUCCCUGGAACCUUUGCAGGUUCCUUGUGAUAUUGGUGCUGAAAAAACUGGUGUAACUGUUAUAAUAAAGAAUCCAAAUGCAGUAUCUGGAGAAGAAGUUGCACAGAAAGCAUGAAAUUGUCCUAUAUAAUUUUCUAAUCUUAUAGUAGCAUAUUACUGGGGUGUUUGUAUUUCAAACCAACUAUAUUUGGUUUCUUUCUUUUCUUGACAGUGCAAGGAGAAUAUAUAUGAGUUAACAGGGCACGUGGUGCACUUGUAUGUA